AUGGUGGAAUCAAAUCCAGACGGCGCCGCGAAAGACGGGUCGAUUCUUUCUGACUACGACCUCAACACCCCGAUCUCGACCGACCAGGGCGGGUUGCGAUCAAACCUGCCCGGCUAUGGCGACGCCCACUUCAGUCUGUUCCUCCGGAAGGUCUUCAUCAAGGCCCUGGGGUACACCGACGAGUCCCUAAGCAAGCCCAUCAUCGGCAUAAUCAACACCUUCUCGUCCUUCAAUCCUUGCCACGCCCAGGUGCCCCAGCUCAUCGAGGCGACGAAGCGCGGCAUCCUGUCGGCCGGGGGCCUGCCCAUGGAGUUCCCCACCAUCAGCAUCCACGAGAGCUUCGCCAACCCGACGAGCAUGUAUCUGCGAAACCUCAUGAGCAUGGAUACCGAGGAGAUGGUGAGGGCGCAGCCGGUGGACGCCGUCGUUAUGAUCGGGGGCUGCGACAAGACGGUCCCGGCGCAGCUCAUGGGCGGCAUCUCCGCCAACAAGCCCUUCCUGCCCCUGAUCACCGGGCCCAUGAUGCCCGGGUCGGUGAAGGGGGUGCGGGUCGGGGCCUGCACCGACUGCCGGAACAACUGGGCCAAGUUCCGCGCCGGCGAGCUCGACAUCGAGGACAUCAUGGACGUCAACGAGGAGCUCGCGCCGACGGCCGGCACGUGCGGCGUGAUGGGGACGGCGAGCACGAUGGCCUGCGUGGCGGCGGGGUUGGGCCUCGUCGACCUGCGCGCGGGGGCGACGAGCCCGGCCGUGUCGUCGGCGCGGCUCCGCGUCGCCGAGACGACCGGCCGGCAGGCGGUCAAGAUGCUCGAGGACGCGGAGGCGUUCCGGCCGCAGCGGCUGCUCGCGUACGAGAACUUCGUGAACGCGAUCGUGGUGCUGCAGGCGAUCGGCGGCAGCACCAACGCCGUCGUCCACCUGCUGGCCCUCGCCAACCGCCACCCGGCCGUCCGCGGCCGCGUCACGCUGCGCACCUUCGACGACGUCGGCGCCGCCACCCCGCUGCUCGUCGACCUCAAGCCCAGCGGCGACGGCUACAUGACCGACUUCCACCGCGCCGGCGGCAUGCUCGCGCUGAUGCACGCCCUGCGGCCGCUCCUGCACCUCGGCGCGCGCACCUUCACCGGCGAGCCGCUCGGCGCCGUGCUCGACGCCGCGCCCUUCGCGCCCUUCGCGUACUCGCGGCGCGUGGUGCGGCCGCUGGCCGACCCGCUGUACGCGCGGUCGAGCCUGGCCGUGCUGUACGGCAACCUGGCGCCGCGGGGCGCCGUCAUCAAGGCGAGCGCGUCCAAGGACCGGCGGCUGCUGUGCCACCGCGGCCGCGCGUGCGUGUUCCGCGACAGCCGCGACCUGAGCGCGCGCGUCGACGCCGAGGACCUCGGCGUCGCGCCCGACUCGGUGCUGGUGCUGCAGGGCGUCGGCCCCGUCGGCCACCCGGGCAUGCCCGAGGCCGGGCUCGUCCCCAUCCCCCGCAAGCUCGCGCGCCGCGGCGUCGCCGACAUGCUGCGCCUCAGCGACGGCCGCAUGAGCGGCACCGCCGGCGGCACCAUCGUCCUCCACGUCGCCCCCGAGGCCGCCGACCCGGCCUCCGUCCUCGGCGUCGUCCGCGACGGCGACUUCAUCUCCUGCGACGUCCCCCGCCGCCGCCUCCACCUCGAGGUCGACGACGCCGAGAUCGCUCGCCGCAUCGAGCUGCGCAGGCAGGAAACCGCCACCGCCGCUGCCGCGCUCCCCGGGCGUCGCGACGUCUGGGAGGCGAGGAAGACAACGCGCGGAUACCGCGGCCUCUACGAGCGGCACGUGAACCAGGCGGACGAGGGCUGCGACUUUGAUUUCCUGACCGCUGACGGGCCGGCGAACACCUAG